CAAAAUUAUUAUGAGGACAUUUUAGUGUUGGAAAAUAAGUGAUGCAUAGAGAUAUCUAUGUGGCCGACAAUAACAUCCUCCCCACAAAUGCCAUAAUCAUUUUCUUUUUUGGAUUCUGGGGUCCUCUUUUACUAUUAUUCUGAUUAUUAGAUUACAUUAGAGAAACCUUAGGAUCCACACAUUCCAACAUCAACCUUAUUCUUAUUCCAAUGUUUGUUAUGUUGUUUUAAUAUGUGAUUAACGUGUGUUCGUGUUUUUGAUUCAUUCUACGUUGUUCUGAGAAUUUUUUUAAUCACCCUUUUGGACCCUUUAUAGGAAAGUUUGAUAUUUUCAGCAAAUCUGGGUCAAUCUUGAUUUUGCUAUUUUUUGGGUGUGAUUUCAAUGGGGUGUUUUGAUGAGGUGUGUUACAAUGGUGAGCUUGAAAAUGGAGUGAGUUUGUUUGGGUGUAGUGAGGUUGAAGAUGAGGCUAAUACAGUUGCUAUUGAAGAUGCUGUGAAGAUUCUUUUGUUGGGUCUUGGUGAAGAUAUUAAUAGGGAAGGUCUUAGGAAGACACCACAUCGUGUUGCAAAGGCUCUACGUGAAGGAACUAGAGGUUAUAGACAAAAAGUGAAGGACAUUGUUGAAGGUGCUUUAUUUCCUGAAGCUGGCAUAGAUAAUAAUAAAAUCGGUCAUGCUGGUGGUGCAGGCGGACUUGUGAUUGUCCGAGACAUUGACCUCUAUUCCUACUGUGAAUCUUGUUUGCUACCUUUCCAAGUCAAAUGUCAUGUCGGUUACGUCCCUUCUGGCCAAAGAGUUGUUGGAUUAAGCAAGCUCUCUCGUGUCGCCGAAGUAUUUGCUAAACGACUUCAAGAGCCUCAGCGUCUGGCAGACGAAGUGUGUUCAGCUUUACAACAGGGAAUUCAACCAGCAGGGGUUGCCGUCGUACUUCAGUGUACACAUAUUCACUUUCCUGACAUAGAAACAAUCUUUCUAGAAUCAAGCCUAAAAGGUGGGGCGAAGAUACAUGUUUCGUCAGGUUCUGGCGUCUUUGAAAACAAAAACGCAGACGUAUGGGCUGAUUUCUUUUAUCUUAUUAAAUCUAGAGGCAUUGAUAUGGAAAAUAUUCAUGCUCAGGGAUUGCCCGACCAAUGCUGGUGUCCAUCUCUCUCCACCAAAGUUUCCUCCAAAACGGGAUCGAUCAAUCCGGCAAUGGUCACCGCAGUGUUUUCAAUUCUAAAAUCUUUGGGAGAAGAUUCGGUUAGGAAGGAGCUUGCAGGGACUCCUAAUCGUUUCGUGAAAUGGCUGUUGAACUUCCAAAGCAUUGACAUGGAUGUGAAGCUGAAUGGCUCCGUUUGUGGCGGGAUAAAACCUUUGAAUGCUGCUGGCGAGGUGGUAAAUAAUGAUAAACAAAUAUACACCGAGUUGAACUUGCCGUUUUGGUCACAAUGUGAGCAUCAUAUACUUCCAUUUCACGGCGUUGUUCACAUAGGAUAUUUCCUUUCAGAAGGAUUCAGUCCGAUUGGAAAAUCACUCUUACAGUCGAUAGUACAUUUUUAUGGUUUCAAGCUCCAAGUUCAGGAAAGGCUUACAAAGCAAAUAGCAGAAACCAUAUCACCUCUUUUAGGUGGAAAUGUAAUAGUAGUUGUAGAGGCAAGUCACACAUGCAUGAUUUCUAGGGGAAUUGAAAAGUUUGGAAGCAGUACAGCUACCAUUGCUGUGUUGGGAUGCUUUUCAACUGACAUUGCUUCUAGGAUCUUAUUCUUGCAAAGCAUUGCAAAUGCUACAUCUUCUGGAGGGUGAUUAUAAUUCUUCUUGGAUUGGAUCACAUUUGCAAUGAUUUAUUGCAUUCGUUCUCUGCAAUUUUUGAAGGUUUUAUAACCACCAAUGCAGCAGUCUACACACACAUCGAUAAAGUCAGAAGGCAUCUUUUCACAAAUAAAAUCAUUACAUUUUGAAGUCCAAUUCUACUUACCUCCCGAUUAAUCUCUGAAUUACCAUGACUCCUUUUUCUGAGAACCGGAGUGUCAAGUAAAAAAGAAUCCACCAAGUUUUGUUUUGGUGACACAGGCUUACACCAAGUUUUGUCUUCUCACUUUUUAUUUGAUCAUCAAAUACUAUAAACCACCUCAGAGAAAUUCAGGGGGUUAGUCACUUUGUCAAGAUUUACAUGAUGGCAGACUCUUGUAUUAGUCGGUCCUCAGAAAAUUUCCCUAUUUAAUUUACAAAGGUUGGUACUUGUUUUGAUUGUUUUGUGUAAUGUAAAGGUUUUGUUGAUGUGUUUGCAAAUGUUUGACUGCCAUGGAAAUUGAGUGAUCGAAUGGAUCACCAUAGCUUCUACCAGUUUUGAAUUGAUGGUUAUAUUAAGUGUGAUAAUUCUUUUACUUAUAUGUUGCUUCUCCUUUAUAGUCUUCUUCUCUAUAGCAAUAAUUUAGAUUUUGAACUCAUGUUGUAUAACUCAGAUGAUGACCAUUUAUAAGCAAAUCUAUUGACCUAAUGUGUGUUGGAGAA